GGCUAGCGAAGCGCGAAUGACAGCCCAACAGGACCCCUGUGUAUUCAGAAAGGUAUCACCUAAUUAAUUGAUCCACUGUAGAUAGGAAACGGGGAGGUGUAAGAGCCGAGGGAUCAGCCGCUGUACAGUUACUGACCAGCUCCGCACAUACACGCGGCAGAGAGAAACUGGCCACACUACUUGUAACCAUCACAGUAUACAGAGGACUUCCACUUCACUGUGACGGGACAAUUGGAAAUUGGUGGGCGAAAGGCGGAGGACGUGAUAUUUCGCGUUGGCCGUUCUUUCAUACAAAAAAAAGAUUUGAGAGCUACAAGGAUACAGUUUUCUAGAAGGUGAAUCAGUCUGCCCAACCGGCUUUCCCAGGAGAACGCGAGGGGAACUACAGAAAGAAGGCAAGCACAUCAGAUAUGGAUUGAGACGCAUCAUGCUGCCUCUUUCUUCUGUCUGGUAGAGAAUUCUACGGAGAGUGGCUAAUGAACGUAAGAAUCCUGCAUUCUGAACAAAAGGAUGGUUAAAAGGACACUGAUAUUUGUCAUAUGUGUGAUAACCCUUUGGGGAAAAUUGAUAUCAGCUGCAAACCCUCAUAAAGCUCACCAUGUUAAGACUGGCACCUGCGAGGUAGUGGCUUUACACCGGUGCUGCAACAAGAACAAAAUUGAAGAGCGGUCCCAGACCGUGAAGUGCUCCUGUUUUCCAGGACAAGUAGCAGGAACGACACGUGCCACCCCUUCCUGUGUGGAUGCUUCAAUAGUUUUACAGAAAUGGUGGUGUCAAAUGCAGCCAUGCCUUGAUGGAGAGGAAUGCAAAGUACUGCCCGAUCGCACUGGUUGGAGUUGUGCCUCUGGAAAUAAAGUCAAGACAACUAAGGUGACACGAUAGUUGACGAGGAAAGCCGGCUGCUUUUUGAAGAUACUAUAUCUAAGUUGUUGGGACCUAUUCUUCAUUCAUCACCCUGUUGCAUCUUCUCAGAUAGGGAUGAACUGGGAAUCAUUCACUUCAGCUCAGAUAUGGUGACAUCCAGAGUUCUCAUUGAUGGGAGAAAGAAAAUCGAGCAAUUAAAAAAUCUCCAGGAAUCUGGAAUCUAACAAACUGGAUUUUCCCAGUCUACCAUUUGUUAAUGGGAGGAUAACAGGAGGGGGACUCAUUAUUCCAUAUCUGUUGAACUCUGUUGCUAUGUUCCAAAAUGGUAGUCACAGCAAGCAGGCCUCUCUCACUCAGUUUUAUGAUAUGGCCACUUCAGUCUUCAACACAUCUAAUUGGAUGGUCAUUAUUGAUGCAUAGGAGCAGGCAAGAGGAUUCCCUAGACCAGCAGGAUAAAAUGGAAACAUCCUAAACUUCAUUGCUACCAAACAGUGUGCUUCUGCACUCUCCUAAACGUUGUUGCAGCCUCAGGCCGCUUGCGAGUUGCAAGUUGAGAUGUUCUGCUAAACUUUCAAAACUUCGAAUCACAGGGAAGCUUCAAGUUUUCAUGGUUCGGAUUUUGCUUUUGUUAUAGAGGCAAUUACAUUAUGAUAAAUGUGUAUAAACUGCAGUCUGCUAUUGAGAGUAAAUGCUUUUCCAUAUACAUGAAUUGUACAAAACAGGUAUUGCAGAAAAUUCUGAUGUAACUGCACUACUACUGUUCUUUGGCAAAUGAACAAAUACAGUUCCAAACUAUUUUAAUAACUUUAGUGUACUGAAAUAUGUACUCUACCACUAAAGUACAUCUUUUAAUUUGCUUUAAGUUGUUAGGAGAGGUGCCAUUCUGAAAAUAUUAGAGACUUUAAAUUAUCAACGUAAUACUGACAACCCAGGACAUGCUUAUUGUAACAUCAGUUCUGCUUGUAUACAAGUUACUUAGCAGUUAUGUUUGUCAUCGUACCCUUAUCUUUAUUUGGAAUAUUCAGCGUUAUGAUUUGCUGUGACAGAAUCCUUAAAAGAUCUUAUUUAAUGAUGAAGAUUUCUGUGUACUCUGCAAAGUGAAAAGAGAUUCAGCACCCAGAUACGGCAAGAUGUAGAGCAGGUGUUGCUGUAACAUGUAGCACAGUUUCUGAAACUUUUUUAAAAAUUUGGUUUUGUUUCUGAAAUUGUGUAAAUCCUUGUUUUCAAUGUAAA